GUUCGAUAGGUUUCCUGUCUGCUAUCAAACAGAUUAUUCAAAUAUAAAUAUAUUUUAAGAAUUUAUUUUAAAACCCAAAACCGAACCAAAAGCGAACAUGAAGAAGAGGCCUUUUGGACUGCCCAUUUGGACGCCACUGUUCAUCCUUUUCUUGCUCCUCUUGGCCGGCGUUUGGGGUAAGCCUUCGUUUGGCGUGAAUCGCCAUGGGCUGCUGGACAUGUACCAUCAGCAGGUUCAUGGCGCUCCUCUAACUAGAAAGGGCAUCGAGUGUCCAGCUGAUGGAAUGAUGAAUUUCCAGCAAAGCCAUUUUGACAGAUCAAUGAAUCCUUUCAAAGCCUUUCUUUCUUGGCCGAGUAAGCAACAAAAACGAGACAAGGUUGAUAAGUACAAGCCAGUGGAGGAUGAUUUUGGUGGCCAAGAGGAGCUAUCCAAGUACCAACACGAUGAGCCUCUUUACGAUUUUAAAAUGUCCAAGUACCGAGCCGGUGCACCGCUAUGUGAUACAAAAGUGGAUAACUAUCAGGUCCAAGAUGAUGAGUCGGACUUUGAGCGCAAGCUGGGAGGGAUGGAUCAUCACCAGGAUGCGGAUCACUUCAAUCACUUCAACGUAGAUGCAGAUCACUUAGAUCUUGAUGCAAAUCACUUCACUCAGCGCUCAGACCAUUUCAAUCAGGGGUCAGAGCAUUUCAAUCAGGGGGCAGACCGCUUCAAUCGGGGAUCAGAACACUUCAAUCAGGGGUUAGAUCACUACAAUCCGCUUGGAGAUCAUUACAGUCUGGAUGCAGAUCAAUUAGGUCACGAUGUGAAUCAAUUAAGUCACGAUGUGAAUCAAUUCGACGGAAAUGCAGAUAACGUUCAUCUGAAUCGCGACCUGGAUAUGUUUGACAACAUUCAAGCUAACAAGCCCCAAUUGGUUAAUAGUCCCAUGAUGGACUACAAACGUGAGUUCGCCAGCGAUGAUGCCAAUCCUUAUGUCGAGAGUCUUCAACAGCGUUACGAGCCUUUGCCGCAUGUCUAUAAGGAUUAAUCCGUAAUCUCCAUACGAAACACACAUUAUAUAUUUUUCUAUAAAGUGUUAAGUGUUUAAAGCUUACUAUUUGCUUAAAUACAUAGUUCGAGUUCUUAAAGUGAGAGCAAGUUCA